AUGGAGAUUGCCCUCUUAUUCACCAAUAUCAAUGACGAGCUCGAUUAUUACAAGAGCCAUACAGAGUCGAUCGAGCUUGAGCUCGCAGAAACCAAAUUCGCCUUGGAAGAGUUUCAAUUCUCGUCAAAGGAACUGGAAGAAGAGCUAGAGAAAGAGAUUGACUCUACAGAGCGCCGAUACAACGAAAUCAAGAUACGCAACGAAGCUAUGCGGCAGGAGGUCGAAGAAUGGAAGGAAAAAUACCACCUGUCAGUGAAGGAGUCGAAUGUCAACAUCAAUCAAUUGACACGCCAACUGGAGCAACUGCGGCAACAAACAGAGAAUUUCAUCAAAAAGGAGCGGGAACUUGAACAGGACAACGACGAUCUCGAACGCACAGGAAGGGCUGCACAGUGGUCGCUUCAGGAGCUGGAGAGAAAGUACAAUGUUGCACUGGAAAAGGAGGCCAUGUUGGAGAACGAAGUGGUGGCCAAGGCUGCACUAGCAGAAGAAGUUCAAAGGCUGAAAGAUGAACUUCGAGAUACAAACGUGGAGCUGGCAGUGAUGAAGUCGAAUCAGGCAACAUUGAAUACCUCGACAGCUAGCCUUAGCUCAUAUAGCGGAAGCACAUCUUCUCUGGCGGACCGCAAACCAACUGCGGCAGGAAGCAACGAAGCUAUGCCUGCGAUCCGGGCCAGACUUGCCAAGAGUGGAGCCACACUUCGUGCCUCGGGUGCAACAAGGCCUUCAGGAUCUGGUCCAAGAUCCACGCCUGGGCAUGGAACUCCUCAUCAAAACCCUGUUCUCAUGGUUCAAGAGAUGGUCGGCCGCGUCAAGGUAGCCCGCUUAUACGUUUUGUUCUUUGGAGGCGCGUUUGGUAUCCUGCCGUUCUUUGGUGACGCCUCUUUUGCAGCCGCCCCCAUCGUACUCGACCUCCAUCCCUGUUUCAUCACGGUCCUCGGAGCAUGGAAGUCGGUCGGGAUCGCGACCAGGAUCGCCUAG